AUGGACUCCUUUUUAUUAACCGACUCUUUACUAAGGAACCUUUUGAGAAUACAAAGAUAUCUUCAAGAAUUUUCUGCAGCCAUAAUUUGUAUUACUGACGAUACAAUAGAAUUCCUGGAUAAACAAGAUGUACCAACUGAGAUUACUAUGGCUUCUGAUAUUAAUAGAACUGCUAGUAAUGAGAGUAGGAUGCAUCUUUUUUAUAAAGACUUACAAAGAAGAAAAGAAUGGCCAUAUUCAGUUGGAAUAGUUAUGCAAAACAGGAGAGUUCAUAAUAUAUUAGCUGCUUGUCAUUUAUUGGCCAAAGCUUUAGUAGCUAUAAGUAAGGAAGAAUACACCUCCUUGCUAGAGGAGGCCCAAAGGAGUCGAGAUAAAGAAUUCAAGCAUCUAGUACUGGAAAAUUAG